AGCAGCUGAAACAAUUGCUAUUUGUUGUUUUUUUUUUUUUUUCAAAACUGUGAAACAUAUAGUAUUUUCAUGACGACACGUUAAACGGCGGCUCAGUUUUGACGUGUUUCGAAUAUUUUUUCUACAUGCUAAUGCUAGCUAACCAACAGGAAGCAUGUGUUGCUGUUGGUUUGACACCAACUUUUGACGUAUAGUAAUUUCUUGCAGUAUAUUAUACGACAUUUUUGGUUCGCAAAAUGGGACGGAAGAAACAGGGCAAGUUUGUGCGACAUGACAACAAAGGAAAAGAAAAACGACACAAAGUGAAAGGGAAAACAUUAGAGGCUUUUACAGAAGAAAUGCACUGUGCAUUUGAAGCAAGUCUUCACAAAGAUGAUGUGGGAGCAGAGACCCCCCAAAUGAAGCUACCUUGCCCCCUUGCCAUGUGGGAGUUGGGCCACUGUGACCCUAAGCGUUGCACAGGCCGAAAACUAGUACGAAAGGGUUUCGUACGCAACCUCCGCCUAAAUCAGAGGUUUAACGGACUGAUUUUGAGCCCUAUGGGUACAAAAUAUGUGACGCCAGCUGACAGGGAGAUUGUGGCCCAGCAAGGACUAGCAGUAAUUGAUUGCUCCUGGGCCAAACUUGAGGAGACCCCGUUCAACAAGAUGGUUGGAAGUCAUCCACGGUUGCUACCUUACCUCGUCGCUGCAAACCCGGUCAACUACGGGAAGCCGUGCAAAUUAUCUUGCGUCGAGGCCUUUGCAGCCACUUUUUGUAUUGUCGGUUUCGAGGAACUGGCUGUGCUGCUAUUGAAGAAAUUUAAGUGGGGGACUGUGUUCCUGGAGCUUAAUAAAGUUCUGCUGAAGAGUUAUGCUGCCUGCCAAUCAGAGGAAGAGCUUCUUGCUGUGGAGAAGGAAUUUCUAACUUCUAAACCAGAAGAGGAGGAAAUAGAUCCAUUUGACGUCAACUCGGGAGUUGAAUGUAUGAAUCUCAACAGACGUCAUUGGGAACCUGAUGAGGAGGAUUCCAGCGAGGACAACGACACGUCAGAUGGCGAGAAUGAUGAUGAGGACACUGAUGAUGAAGCAGAAGAUGGUGAAAAACAUAAUGAGUCAGAAAAUGUCUCAGACGUUGAAGAGGAAGUGGCUGCAGCAAAGUCGUCACAUUAAAACUUAUCUGUUUGACGCAAAUGUUUAUUUUUGACCUGAUAAAAGGACUCUUUAGCUUAUUUGUAUGUUUUUCAAAAUGUUUUCAUUGUAUCAAAUACUUUAAGAGUUCCCCCCCCCCCUAUAUUUCUGCUAUUUUAAAAUUUACAAGCUUCUAGAUUUUAAAAAAUAUAUGGCGGAAAACACUCAGGUGACUUGAAGUUCCGCUCUGACCCCCAAUUUGGCCAAAUUUCAAAAUUGUCCGAUAUGCACAUGUGAUACAUCAUUGGAAAGCUUAAAAUCCCAAUUUUCUGGGGGAAGAAAAAUUUUGAACAGGAGGGUAUUUAAAAAAAAAUAAAACGGCGAAACUCCAACUGGAGGCAAGAGCACAAUUAAAGACGCCAUGAUUUUAACGAGAUAUUAUCGCGUACUUAUCUUGUUUCGAUCCAAAAACUCCAUGUAGCAUGUAUCACCGAAUGUCAAGACACAGAUGUGAAUGGCCACAAACGGAUUUUUGGGGGAUUUUAUGGGUGAAACAUGGUAAUAUAACAUGGGUCGCGAUGCAGAAAUAGACAUUAAGGAGUGGUCGAGAUGUUUUCAUAUAUUUACCCUUUUUUAACUUUUUUUUUUCUCAAUUUUUUCUUUGGAUAGAUUAUCAUCUAACAUAUUGGGGAAAAUGCGACAGUGACAAAAAAUACAAUUAAGCGAUAGUUAUGAGGUAGAUAUCCGUGACUUAUUUCCAGACACCAAUUUUAUCAUUAUGACGUAAUUUGUUUAAAAGUUUAAAAUAUGCAAGUGAAUAUUUUUUUAAUGAAAUAUUACACAUGCAUUAAUGAUUCUAAGCUAAAAAUGACAGACAUUUUGAAUAAUAUAAUUACUUUUUAUGCCUGGUUUGAAACAAAAGCAGUUGCGCGAUGUCUGUAAACGGGGGUUUCCAGGGUAAAACGGACAAAUUAAAAAUAGUUCGGGGGCUUAAUGCGCCAUGAAUCUGCUAUGGCAGCAUAUAGACAAUUUUCUAACACAACCGUUCUUUUGGCGAAAAUACAGCAGUUCAUUUUAAAGAGGGGUCCAAGAGCAGAAACUGCUUGUUCAGUCUUGUCUGUGUUUUCCGCCAUAUAUUUGUAUAAAUCUGGAAAAAUAAAUGCUGGGAAGGCUUUUUUUCCCCAAUUGUUGUCAUUAGCUAAUUUAGCAUUUUUGCUAGUAGUUCUCUGAACAACUAAUAGAGCAGGGGUCCCCAAACUACGGCCUGCGGGCCGGAUAUGGCCCGCCUCCACAUCUGGUCCGGCCCCCUGAACAAUACCAGAGAGCAUUUUGAAUUUUUUUUUUUUUUUUUUUUCUCAAUAGGGUUAUUUAUUUCCUGGCCUUUUUCUGUGAAGUGCUCAGAGAGGGUUAUUUGGUUAUUAUCUAUUAAUAGUGUUAUUAUUAUUUAUUAUCAUAUUAUUAUUUUGUUUCGUGAAGAAUCCAGAAAGGGUUAUUUGAUUGUGGCUUUCUGAAAAACAAUAAAUUUUUACAUUUAGGCACUCCUGCAAUCGUCACACUUUUUCUGUUACAAAUUGACCCCAGCCCCUCAUCAGAGAAGGGAAAAGUUAUGUGGCCCUCACAGGAUAAAGUUGGGGACCCCCUGUAAUAGAGAGUAAAAACAAAUUCCCCUUUGUUUGCUAAAUACUCACCUUUUAGCAUUUUUUUUCAAUCCAGGAACCCACACUUAUUUGCUAAAACUUCAUUACCACUUAAAAUUCACAUUUUAACGUUGAAUUUCGCAUUGCGAUUUUUGCAUUGUAUGUGUUAAAAAGUUUGUUUCUAUUACACCAAGUUACACCAACAUGAUUAUUAAUAAUUGCUAGUAAAUUUUUAUU